CAGACAGGCGGGGUGGAGAGGAGCCAAACACCACCAGCACUCUCUGAAAAAAGCGUGAGAGUCCCAGAAGAAGUCCGAUUACCUUUAUUCGCCACCAAGCCAAUUAAAUGGAAUGUUGAUGAGGAAAAUUUCGCCUUGAGAACUAUUCUCUGCAAUAUAACGUCCGGACAAACACCUUGGGACAAAGAUCUGCACUGCCGUGCCCAAAGCAAGCAAGUCCCGGUGUUGAAAAUGAGUGUGUGAGUGUGUGUAUGUUGAGACUGCUGUGUGCCUUUGACUCAGGAAACGCCUCCCUGUGAAAGAACCUGCCUCGCUUCACAAUGAAAGCUGUCGCACUGCUCUGUUUCCUGAUGGUAGUGGAGGUCGGGGCCUCUCGGUUCAUCCGGGACUCCCCGAGUGCGCCUGACACUGAUGUCUCCAAGACUAAUGCUUCCAUGCAGAGCCUACUCCCGCAACCGGCCCGGCAAAGGGGAUCCUUCCCCCCCAUGUGCAUAAAGCCCACGGAGAUUAAGCACGCCUUCAAGUAUGUGAACACCAUUGUGUCCUGCUUGAUCUUUGUGGUCGGGAUCAUUGGUAACUCAACACUGCUAAGGAUCAUAUACAAGAACAAGUGCAUGAGGAAUGGACCCAACGUCCUGAUUGGCAGCCUAGCACUGGGGGACCUUCUUUAUAUCGUCAUCGCAAUCCCCAUCAAUGUUUAUAAGCUAAUAGCAGAGGACUGGCCCUUUGGGGUGUAUGUCUGCAAGAUGAUGCCGUUCAUCCAAAAAGCUUCAGUGGGUAUCACUGUCCUCAGCCUAUGUGCCCUGAGUAUUGACAGGUACCAUGCAGUGACGUCAUGGAGCAGGGUAAAGGGAAUGGGCAUCCCUGUGUGGAAAGCUGUGGAGGUGGCACUGAUUUGGGUGAUUGCUGUGUUGUUGGCAGUCCCUGAGGCGUUGGCGUUUGACAUGCUGGAGAUGCCAUACAGAGGCAACAAACUGCGUGUGUGUCUGCUGCAUCCGCAACAGAGCUCCAACUUUAUAAAGUUCUACCAGGACGUAAAAGACUGGUGGCUGUUUGGUUUCUACUUUUGCCUGCCACUCGCCUGCACGGGAAUCUUCUACACCCUCAUGUCCUGUGAGAUGCUGAGGCUCAAGAAAGGCAUGCGGGUCGCACUCAACGACCACAUGAAACAGAGGAGGGAAGUAGCAAAGACGGUGUUCUGCCUUGUGCUGAUUUUUGCUCUCUGCUGGUUGCCACUUCAUCUCAGUCGUAUUCUGAAGAAAACAGUUUAUGACCAAAAUGACCCCAACCGCUGUGAACUCCUCAGCUUCCUGUUAGUGAUGGAUUACAUUGGCAUCAACAUGGCUUCGUUAAACUCCUGCAUAAACCCUAUCGCCCUCUACUUUGUCAGCCAGAAGUUCAAAAACUGCUUCCAGUCUUGCCUGUGCUGCUGGUGCUACGGAACGUCUCCUUUGGAUGAGCGGGGAUCAGGGGCAGGAUGGAAGGGCUCCUGCCACGUCAAUGGACUAGACCGCUCCAGCUCCCGUUCCAGUCAGAAAUACACCAGCUCUUCGUAAACACACACACGCAUUCCGUACUUCAUUUCCUCCCAAAACCCUUGUUCCCAUCAGCACUGAAAAUGGACGAGAUAUCAGAUCCAGUGGAGCGAGGUAUAAGUCUUUAAGUUUUCAACAGGACUCACACUGGACUGAAAGACACAAAAGGAUCAGCCCGAACUGAUGAAUGAAAUCACAGGACUGUACCUGCAGACGGACGACUCCGAGGCUACAUUCCACGGGGAGGCUCAGUGGACGCUAAAUCUGUCUGUACAGUAUUAUUUCCAUCCAAAUUACAGCCUUCGAUAUAUUAUAUACUGUACAAGUAUAUUUAGCUACAGUAUUUGUAUAAAUAACAAUCGCUGAAGCUUCAAUACCUCGGAGAGAAAGACAGGAGGGAACAUAUUGCCCUGAGUUACAUGAAUGCAAACCGCAGCAUAUCCAACAACUGAUCUCAGUGCGCACGCGCCUUGAUAACGUCUUAACAGAGGAAAUGUGGAGAGCUGAACAUCAGAUGUCACGCUGCUUUAAGUCAAGUGAUAUUGACCUAUACCACAUCAUUGCCAUUUUGUGACACAGUAUGUUAUUUUGUUUAUUCUACAUGUUGUAAGAAGCUCGUGUUCCAACUAUGUUAAAAAAAAAAAAAGCCAAUCUCAUGACCACAUGAGGGCUUUUGUUUUGCAAGUCAAAGGCUGGUUCUCUUGUGGUGAUCAGUUAUUAUUUUCACGUCACGCCUGGAAAUUGUUAAUUGUGAGAGAUGGUAUGUUUGUAACACGUACGUUUUCUUUAUACCUCUUUAUGAAGCAUAUUUUUAUACAUUAGUAUUUCAGAAUUCUGUCAUAUGUAGUGCGUCAACUGGAAGUCAAGUUUAAGAUCUCCUGGAUUUCUAAGGAGAGAUAUAGGAUAUCAUAAUGUGAAAGAUAGUAUAUACAGAUGUAGCAAGACCUUCCCGCAAGUGCUCAACAUACACUAUGUGGACAAAAGUAUUAGGUAACCUGACCAUUAUACAGGAACUAUUAACUAUAACAGAUUCCACUCUUCUCAGAAAACUUUCUGCAAGAUGUUGAAAUGUAGCAUUUUCUUGUCCAACAUUCAUGAGGUCAGAUGCCACUGUUAUGGCUAACAGUCUGCUCUUACGGACUUUACUUUGUGCACUGGGGCACAGUCAUGCCGGAGCAGGAAAGGGCCCAAACUGUAUCCACAAAGAUGGACACAUAGAAGGAAGAAUCAAUGGUCCACUAAUGAAUUAAUUUGCCUUUUGAAGAGGUUUUAGUCCAACUAGUGUGUCAAGUGUUCAAAAUGUCAUUACCUUAUUUUCCGGACUAGAAGUUGCACUUUUUUUCAUGGUUUGGCUGGUCCUGCGGCUUAUACUCCGGAGCGACUUAUAUAUGUUUUUUUUUUCACACUGACAGCCACGAGAGGGCUCUCUAGGCUUGUAUCUUGUAUCUACCAGUAUCUACUACUCCAGCACCACUGAAAAUUUACAAUGUAAACAGCUUAUAAAGACAACUGAGAAGGACGGAACGCAAACAUUUUACAGAUUACAAGAUGCAAGUAGUGAAAUAUGCAGCCGAAAACUGUAAUUCGAGCAGCAGAAAGUACUGGCGAAAAGCGGAGGAUACUGAAACUGCAAUGAAGAAAACAAAAAAAAGCUAAAAGCAAGAUGGCCACAGCUAGAGAAACAAGUUCACAAAUGGGUGCUUGAACAACGUGCGGCCGGGAGAGUCUUGUCAACAGUGCAGUUAGGUCUCCACGCCCAGGUAUAGGUAUAUACGAAUAUAGGUGACUCUGCAGGUUGUUUAGGCUAUAGUGAUUCAAAUAACUAUAUGUUACGUUAACAUACCACCUAUUCACAUUGCAUUAACAGACGCCUAUUUAGCCUGUUCUCCAUUUUAUUGUUAUUAAUAUAACUUGCCUUUCAAGAUGAUGUUCUUGGUCUCUGAUUUAAUCAAAUAAAUUUCCCCCAAAUAAUGCGACUUAUAGUCCAGUGCGACUUAUAUAUGUUUUUUUUCUUCUUCAUUGUGCAUUUUUGGCUGGUGCACCUUAUACUCUGGAGCGACUUCUAGUCGGGAAAAUACAGUAAUCAUAAGUGCCGUUUGUACUUGAAUGUGACUGGCAGGUUUGACCUACAGCAGGCUUUUCCACAGUGCAACUCAUUGUAUAGCCAUAGUAAUCGCACUUGGAGAAACAUAUUACCUUUGCUUGCUUUCAAGAAAAACAGUUAUAGAAUCAAAAGUAUUUAAUGGUGGCCGCUUUUGGCACAUGCCGAUGUAGAGGCAUAUGAUAAAUGUGUAUCAUCUGGUGAGUUAUUAUGCUGUCAUUUUAUCUUUUCGCCUACAUUAUUGAGCAAAUGCAUUUCUCACACAUUUGUCACAGAAAUAGAUCUUGCUGGAUCAGCUGAUCAUGCAAAAUGUGACUCAUCAACUCAAGAGCAAAGAGUUUCAGAGCAAAUCCACCCCCAGACUGUGUGCAAGAAAGGUCCAAGCAGCUUUGGAAGCUACAUUACUGAGGGAGGAAGAAAUAAAAAGGACAAAGUUCAAUACGAUGUCAGGACUGAUCAGCAUUUAGAUUGUAUGUAUUUAUAAACAGUCUGCAGUAAUAAAUAUAUAUUUUAUAUCAUCUGUUUUUUUGAGUUAUUGUCUUUCGGGAUAGAUUGAGUUCUUGCAAAUUAUAGCUCAUGAAGUUUGUUGUCUCGGGCCAGUGACAAAUGAGCCAUGUGGCGCAGAUAGCCCCUGGGCCGCACUUUGGACAACCCUGCUUUUGUGGCUCUUUGUGGGGUUUCGUCGCACAUCGUCUCUGUGAGCAAACCACAACUCUAUUUGGCUUGAUGGCUUCCGUGCUUGUUGCUUGCAGGGCGGGUGUGUGGCGUGCCCCGGCACCUCCAGGUUUUAGGGACUGGGCUCAGGAUGGCAGGGUGCGUGCCAGGAGAGCGACAAGGCAUACGGGGGUGUUCAGGGGUCAAAAUGCGUGCUUGUUGAUCACUCUCCGGGCAGGAGGGGCACUGAUGUGAUGAUGCAUUUAUUUUACCAAAUAUUUUUGGGAUCAACCAGCAAAGUCCCAAAGAUUGACUGGUCGAUCGUGAUAAACAGUUUGGUGACCCCUAUUCUAAGUAGAUCCGCAAGUAGAAACAGAAGUUCAAAAGGUAACAGUUAAAACUCCACUUAAACAAUUACUUCACGCUCUGUUCUUUGCUUUUGAAUGGUUACUCUUGGUUUGCAUUUGACGUCUGAGAAAUAUCAACAACGCAUGUGAAAUUGGUGCAAAGUCAUCAUACUGUAGCUUUUCUUGCAACUACAGGCUACCAACAAACACACUAUGUAAGUAUAGUUACGCAACAGAAUCAAAUACAACCAAGCUAAAUCAUGUUUAAACGUGAUUUAGCUUGGUUUUUUUUCAUUCAUAAUUGCUCUUAAGCUUGGGUUAUGCUUGACACAUGUACGUGCCGCGCAGAAAUGAGUCGUGCAGAAUCAGGCAGACAACUUUUGCAGUAUUUACAGUCAGUGUGUCAUGUCCCCGCUGUUAGCCCAUAUUUUCCCAGAUGAUAGGGUGCAGUCUAUGGCAUUUAACUCAAUUCAAUUCGUACAACAAUACACCCUAGUAGAAGCAGAAAGCGUUGUGUACAACAUGGUGACGAGCAUGAACUUAAACAAUUCUCUGUGUUUGAUAAAGGACGAUAGCCAACACAUCUCUUUCAGAAUUGGUGUAUAGUAGUAAUGUACAGUUAUGACAUUGCAAAUUUUGAAAACAGUCACAAUGACUGCCUCGGGAGUUCUAGUGUUAAUGAGCAACCUGUAUUAACAUUAAACCGCACGUCCCUGCCAAGCUAUCAUAUCUGAUAAUGUGAACAGCUUUGUUUGAAAUCUGUGUUUGCCCUUGUUUUUUGGGCAUUUUAAGGCACUAAUGUCCGGGCACAUCUUUAAAUUGGAGUCUGCUCUUCUCAGAACAACGCAGGGACUAAAACGCCCGAGCAGAUGUGGUAUUUAUGGAUGAUAUCAAACCCAAUAAACCAGCCACAGUCCUCAGGUAAAACAUUUAAAAGUUCUGUUAUUUCUUCCUAACACGCACUUAAAUAUAGAAACACUCAAUAUUAUGUCCUGCGACGAGCUGGCCCCAGGGUAUACGCUAAGGCCCAAAGUUAGUCCACUGUAACGAUACCCCCACUGACUGUCUGAGAGAGAUUUUAUUCAAAGUCAUUGUAUGUUGUUAAAUAUGCUCUGUUGGCAAUGCAGUAGAUAUAUAGCACAUGCAUUAAAAAUUGGGAAGCAGACAGUGAUGUGGUCCAUACCAGGGCAUGUAGUCAUGCCCAAAUUUAGCAAUGAUUUUAAAAGUCUUUCUGUCACUCUAUCAACGGUCACUGGGCCACUGCAUUAUUGUAGUACUUUUACACAAUACACAUAAUUUGGUAAUGAAUUAGUUUAAGAACACAAAAAAUCUGAGGAGCCACUUGGGAACCUAAGAAGAGCCAAAAGAAUCGGCUCGCUACAAAGAGCUGAAAUUUCCAUCACUAAUAAACGCACUUAGCCGGCUCCGACUCUUCCAGUUCGACAAUGGAGCAGUCUAAGCUAGCUGUCAAUCAGGUGAGAGAGAGGUCACGGGUGCGGGGUUUCCUGGACAGCAACCAAUCACACGCAGCUCUGUGCUUCUUGCUGGGGUCCCGCCUCCAAACUGCCAAAAAUUCUUUUCUCACAGGCGCGUAGAAAAACAAAAAAGCAAGAGUGAAAAGAGGGGAGUAGAAAAACACCACACGCGCGUGACAUGUAAUAUGGCACUAUGUAGAGAUGGUGGUCAUUAAAUCUGUACACGUGGGGCAUACAAAGUGCGCGUGGAGACUAUUAUACUCAUGUGUGAAUUGAAACAAUCUGCUCGUACAUAUUUUUUUCACGCCUCUCGACUUUUGACGCAUUUCUGACACUAUAACAAGCAUUUUACCUCAGGUUCCUGUGUCGUUCUGUUUUUGGAAUCACUUGUGCUGGUUUUUUAACAUCCUUUCUUUGGAAUUUGUCUCCAGGUAUAGAUAGAAAUUUAAAAUAUAGCAAUUUUUUUUAUCCAUACGAAGGAGGCAUACUUUAAAUGUAUUGAAAUUGUAAGGCAUCUUUCUUCGGCUAUCAUUUGAGUAUCUCAUUACCGGGUUCCAAGUGUCCUGGUUUUCGGUAAUCAAAAUAUGGUCACCCUAAUACGGACAUUCAGUUUCAGUACAUUUUGUCUAUGAGCAGCUGCAAAAUUGCUAAGGCAAGCAUCUCUUUGAAAUGCACACAGGAAAGUCUUGCUCCAUAUAACCAGUGUUGGCUGCUUCCUUUUAAAAAGUAAAUAUUGUUACUUUCCCAAAAAUGUAAUUGAAUUAGUCACAGAAUUUCUCUUUCAUAAAUGUAGUUACCGGUAUUUAUCAGUGAAAGUAAUUAUUGUAAUUAUUAUCAAAUAUGUAAAAGAAUUGGGAUUUAUCUUUGUAGUGUAGUUUGAUGACAUUUAGAGUUACUCACAACCGACACAGACAAACACUUCGCUCUGGGACAUCGUGUGCACUUCACAUGUAUAUUCAUGCCUUUAACAUGUGUGACGUUGAAGUAGCUCCUGUACUUCCUGACAUUAAACCCUUUAAAUCGACAGACUGCUUCGGACUGUUGCUUGCAUCUCGUUCUCGUGUGGUCGUGUCGCAUUGAGGUUUGUAAAAACACCCUCCUACCAGAACCCUGUUAACUGACUGGCUUACCAUGAAAUUCUACUGUACCUUAAGCCAAUCACUCAUUUUCAUCAGCUUUCGCGUCUGUCACCCCUCCCACUUCACCAAAGCAGGACAAUCAGAAAAAACACAACAUUUUUGCGGCUCCUUUCCUAUACAUUGGCUGAUCGAGGCGGCG